GAGAUGCUUCUAAACAACUUGCAGAAAUGAAACUUAAAUUACAAGAGAUGGAAAGAGAAAAAACCGCUUUGGAUGGAGCUUUUGGACGGUCUGAAACCCAAUUAAAGAGGUUUAAAACUAUUGCGGAACAAUCAGAAAGAGAAUCGGAAGAAUUAGAAAAGCAGAACAGACAACUGAAGAAAGAGCUGCGUGACAAGGAACAAUUACUUGAAGAAAGCAGGGAAACCAUCAACCAUUUGCAAUCUAGACUUGACAAAAUGCGCAAUACUAAAAGGCCAUUAUAAAAUAUUAAAAUAGUAUU